AUGGCAAGCCCAGCAAGCAUACCAAAUGUCCAAGUUGGCGGAAACCCCUCGGUACCAGUGCUAGCCUACGGAACUGGCACAGCAUGGUUUAAAGGUACCGGCAAGUCCGAAAUCAACCGCGAACUCGUGGAAUCCAUCAAAACCGCUAUCAAACUGGGCUACUAUCACCUCGACGGAGCCGAGGUAUAUGGAACCGAACCCGAGCUUGGUGUUGCCAUCAAGGAGAGCGGCGUCGCAAGAGAAAAGCUAUUUGUGGUGACCAAGGUUUACCCAAAUAUUGCCGAUAUCCCUAAUGCCAUUGAGCAGAGCUUGAAGAAAUUGCAAUUGGGUUAUGUGGAUCUAUAUCUGAUCCAUUGUCCAUUCUUUGCCAAAUCCGACAAGGAGCUUCAAGACGCAUGGGCAGCAAUGGAGAAAGUGAAGGAGUCGGGUAAAGCAAAAGAAAUUGGCGUCUCCAACUACACGAAAGUGCAUCUAGAAGCCACAUUCAAGACAGCAAAGAUCCCUCCCGCUAUUAAUCAGAUAGAAUUCCAUCCAUACCUCCAGCAUGGCGAUCUGCUUGACUACCACAAGGAGAAAGGCAUUGUCACCUCUGCUUACGGACCCCUCACUCCCAUCACACGAGCUGCAGGCGGCCCCUUGGAAACGGUGUUAACUGGGUUGGCUAAGAAGUAUGCAGUUACUCCUGGAGACGUCGCGAUUCGCUGGGCCAUUGAGCGCGGUGCCAUAGCUAUCACGACAAGUAGCAAGGAGUCUCGCCUCACUGAGUAUCUACGUACCGUCAAGUUCGACCUCACCCCGCAGGAGGUGAAGCAGAUUUCGGAGCUGGGUAACCAGAAACAUUACAGGAGUUUCUGGAAAGACAAGUUUGCAGCAGAUGACCGCACAUAAGCGGAACGAUAUUUGAUAUAUAUAUAUAUAUAGAAAAUGAAUGGUAAUAAUGCAUGC